AACAACCGUAAUAACACAAGAGGCCCCUUGUCUCAAGCACUAUAAAAACGUUUGUAUCCUCCCAGUUCUUCCUAUUUGGCAGCUGCCUCCUCAUCAGGAACUUCUUUCACCUAAAGACUCUCUCCACCAACAAUCCAUCACCAUGGCCCACCGUUUUCCAGCCCUCACCGCUGAGCAGAAGAAGGAGCUCUCAGACAUUGCUAAACGCAUUGUUGCUGAUGGCAAGGGGAUCCUGGCUGCAGAUGAGUCUGUUGGUACCAUGGGCAAUCGCCUGCAGAGGAUCAAGGUAGAGAAUACAGAAGAAAACCGCCGCCAGUUCCGAGAAAUUCUCUUCUCUGUGGACAAAUCCAUCAACCAGAGCAUUGGAGGGGUGAUCCUUUUCCAUGAGACUCUCUAUCAGAAGGAUAGCCAAGGAAAGUGGUUCAGAGACAUCCUCAAGGAAAAGGGGAUUGUGGUGGGAAUCAAGCUGGACCAAGGUGCUGCCCCCCUGGCAGGAACAAAUCAAGAAACAACCAUUCAAGGCUUGGAUGGGCUCUCUCAGCGCUGUGCCCAGUAUAAGAAGGACGGUUGUGACUUUGGGAAGUGGAGGGCUGUGCUGAAGAUCGGUGACCAGUGUCCUUCCAACCUGGCCAUCCAGGAGAAUGCUAAUGCACUGGCCCGCUAUGCCAGUAUCUGCCAGCAGAAUGGGCUGGUGCCCAUUGUGGAGCCAGAAGUCAUCCCUGAUGGAGAUCAUGACCUUGAGCAUUGCCAAUAUGUCUCUGAGAAGGUCCUGGCCGCCGUCUACAAGGCCCUGAGUGACCACCACGUCUACCUGGAGGGAACACUCCUGAAGCCCAACAUGGUGACAGCCGGGCACGCUUGCACCAAGAAGUACACCCCCGAACAGGUGGCUCUGGCCACCGUCACCACUCUGCACCGCACAGUCCCGGCUGCUGUUCCUGGCAUCUGCUUUCUAUCUGGAGGCAUGAGUGAAGAUGAUGCAACUCUCAAUCUAAAUGCCAUCAACCUUUGCCCACUGCCCAAGCCCUGGAAGCUAAGUUUCUCGUAUGGGCGGGCCCUGCAGGCCAGUGCACUUUCUGCCUGGGGGGGCAAAGCUGCAAACAAGAAGGCAACUCAGGAGGCAUUUGUGAAGCGGGCUCAGGCAAACUGCCAGGCAGCCAAAGGACAGUAUGUUCAUUCAGGUUCAUCUGGUUCUGCUGCCAGCCAAUCCCUUUUCACUCCCUGCUACACCUAUUAGUAUCCUGGGGACCUCUUUCCCACCACUGCCCCAGCUCCUCUUUGCAUGUCAUUAGGAGGCUACUGAGAAGGGAAUCUAUUUCAACCCAAAGUGGAAACUGUGAAAAUUCUGAUUGGACUUAUUGGUAACACAACACACUUUAAAUCCUUAAACUCAGAAUAAACAUUAGUUCUCUCCACAUAAGCAGACACACACAUAGCUCUUCACCAUUCCCUAUACCUCCCUGUAACUCUCACUAAAACUGAUUUUCACAAAAACUAUUCCUUGUUAGUGGGGAAACUGGGUAACAGCUUCAACCCUUCCUGUGCUAAGCUAAACACUUACAAAUACGAAAAAGAAGACCAUCCUUGCCUUCAAGGAUGCUCUUCCUCCCCAUAGCUUAAAGAUAAUUAGUUUUGUUUUUUUAAAAGCCACCUUUCUGCCAUGAAUAACAGUCAUCUAAUGAAACACUUCUCAAAGCUAUAGACUGAUGAGUAUUUCUUACCAAGUAAUUAUGGCAGUCUGCAAACCAGUUCUUGCAAUGAAAAAUAAAUAAAACCUUUUAUAAACACUUGGCAUACA